AUGGAUACAAGCUUGUCCACCUCCAACGGCAGUCCUGACCCGCCUGACAUAGCCUCUCAUGGAGUCACAGAGGACGAGGAUUCUCAGGAAUCCCUGACGUUGCUGAAUGCUCUGGAUCCUUUACCUGAUACCCAGCGUGAUAGCCCUGAGCACAAUCUCUCUUCACCCCCUGAGCGAGAUGGUGCCCUUCAACUGCUUUCUCGACCACAAACCCUAGACAUUGACCCAGGCGAGAGCUUCUCUUGGGGCAAGCCGGUGAAGAUCACUCCUGGCCAAUUUAGUCGCCCAGUCCCUGCUAAGUCGAUGGUUGAUGCCACCAAAGAGAAGACCAUCACCACUUCUCCUAGUGUCGUUGGCAGUCUGGGAGUCGGACCCUCAACUUCCACUGCUAGCGGCUCUGUCCAGACAGUUUCUGUCGCCUCUGGGCAGCAUGGUAAUACCACCUUUCCGGAUCUGAGACGUCUUUCUGGUGAAGAACCAUCUCAUAUAGCCCUCGCCAGCGCUAAGAGCAGCCUGCUUCCCAUCGAGAACCAUCAGUCCGCGGCAAAUGAUUCCGAAAAUCUCAAUAGAGUCCGGAAGCUUAUGAGGCGUCCUCCUUUCGAGGACUAUCAGCCACAAUACCGACGUCAAGAAGGUAAGGAUCAGCUAUCCGUUACGCACACUUCACCUGUUCAGCGGUUGGCCCAGCCAGGGGAUGCAGGUGCCGUGCAAAGGCAACCUGAUGGUCCAACUCACCACAAGGGUGAAGACCCUCGUCGAGAACAAGCCUUCAGCGAGCAGGGUAAUGGAGAUUAUCAUUCGGUCGACGAGCGCCUGAAGCAACAGAACCAUUCUGCCAGUGCCGCCCAAAUCAACAAGCAGAGUCAUCGCAUUUCAUUUGCAAAUGACACCUCCGUUUCUCCUUCUCAGAUGCCUCAGCGAUCAAUUCAGGCGGCAUCUCAGCAUCAAACACCUCGUGAGAGGCUUGUACAGAGGAAUACUCCUGCAGACUCUCCACAUCCCAGCAUCAACCGGCCUCUGAGGGAUGUCCGACGACUGUCACAUACCAAAACCCCGACACAUUGUCCGUCAUCUCGCUCAUCUGUGCACGGAUCGAACAUUAGCAAAAAGCGAUCACGCCCUCGUCCAUCCCUCUCGGGCAGAGCACGUCCCUCACGCCAACCGUCCUCACGAUACCAUGAUGACACGCCUUCUAUGAGAAGACGGGAUCGUCAUCCAGCCACGAAUAACCGCGAUUCUUCACUGGGAAACAGUCAGCAUUCCAAUGAGUCACCUGAGAUCGACGUGUUCGCGGGAAACCUUGCUCAGGCCUUGAAUAGCAAUUUUGAGAUGAUGAAACAGGGAUGGAAACGGAAGGACCAAGAGCUCGCCUACCUUGAACGACACCUUGAAAAGACGGAGGGCGAGCUCUCGAACUUCAAGAGACAGAGUGAAGGCAAGGCCGGGAGGAUCCAGGAAUUGGAAGACGAUCGGAUCCGACUUCAGGAGCAACUCGAGUCUGCGAAUCAGAAGCUUGAGGAUCGAUCCACUAGACUGUCUAAGCUCGAGGAGAAAUGUCGAACGUACAAGGACUACCUGAAUGAGGCCACCGCGGAGCAGCAAGAGCUAUACACUGCUGCCAAGACAAAAUGCGAGAACGCGAUCAAACAAAUGCGAGAAGAAGAGCGGAAGCGAAAGGCACUGGAUGAACAAGGACGCAAAGACCUACAAGCAACCCGUGAAAGGCUCACUCAGGUUGUUAAAUCAACAGUGGCCGAGUACAGUUUCAAGGAACGGAAUUUCAACGACAAAAUCGAGUCGUUGAAUCAGAGAAUGCAAGAGCGAGAUGCGGACCUCGACCGGGAGCGGGAGACUAUUCGAAACCUAGUGGAGCAGAAUGCUACCGUUGCCUCUGUCCAAGGAGUCUUGAAGAGCUUCGAGUCACAGAUCGAGCAGAUUUCUGCGAAAAUGGGAGAGGUUGCGUCUAGCCAGGUCGAGCGGGAUGCGAAAGCAACGGAAGAGACGCAGGCCAAACUUGACAAAAUCGCUGCCCAUAUUUCCGCUCUGGAUGAACGGGUUGAGCCCCAAGCCAGCAUUAUUGAGAGGCUGCAAGAAGCCAAUGUGCAGGCAUUCUCCACCAUCCUCAAGCCGGUUCUCAACUCACACACUGAGGCCCAAACCAAUCUGCAGAAGUUGUCGGAUGCGGUUGAGGACUAUAUGGAGGAUUUCUGGAUGAAGCUCGAGGAUCGCGAGGAUGUGCUGACGGAGUUGCUUGAGCAGACCAAAGCCGACAACGCACAGCUUGAAGUUGAACUACAGCUAAGAGCCGAUGAACGCAACGAUCUUCUAACCAGCCUGGAGCAAGCUAGAGCAACACUGCAACAACGAGAGAAAGAUCUUGUAGAUCUCAAGGAUGAGGUCGCGGAGUUAGAACAGGCCCAGGCCGACGACCUGGGGCAUGCCGCGCGCGCAAACUCGCUUCUUGAGGAGUGUGACAAGCUGAAAGUUGACGUCGCCGCGAAAGCCACCAUCGCCCGUGGUCUUGAGUAUCGACUUCAGCAGAGCCAAGCAGCGCUCUUGGAGGAGACUCAAAAGCACGAGAGGCACACACAAGAGUUACGCAAGUUGAUGGAGCAGAGCGAAGAAGCAGCGCGUACUGCCCAAGAAACCGCUGUUGAGAUUGCCCGACAGGAGGUCAUCCGCGAUACAGAUCUUGCGAAGGAAAGAAUCGACACGCUUCUUAAAAAAGCAGAGACAGAGAGCAAUUCAUUGAAAAAAGAACUCAAUGCAGCGAAACAACAGAUAUCGACCGUUGAAGAAGCGAAUAGACGGGAUUCUGCGACGGUUGACGAGUUGAGAGCCGAACUCGAGACAGCUCAAGCCGAAACAACCAGACUUGGGGGAGAAGCCAGUGAGAAGGACAAGGAGAUCCAAGAGGCCUUUGACCGCAAUGCAAAGCACAUCCAGGACCUUCAAGAAAAGAUCGCGCGCAAGGAGAGAGAAUUUUCACAGCUUUCAGAGGACGCCCAAAAGUACGACAAGCAAGUACACAAGGUCCUCGACAGCUUGAAGACAUGGGCAAAUGGCCGUCAAGCUAUCAAAGGCUUUGUGUCUGAGCUUGAAAAGGCCCAAAACGGUGAUCUCGACAAUGUUGACCCCAAGCUGAGACCAUUUCUGGAGAUUGAUGUGCUUCACAGGGCCAUUUUCCAGUAUUGUCUGGCUCAGGGGCAGUCUGCACAAGAUGGAGAACGAGAUACAGCAGAUGAGUCAAACACAGACAAAGAUAUAUGGGCAGAUCUGCCGCCUAGCAGCCCACCAGAGCGAAUCACGCCGGUGAAUCUAGCGGCGAGAGUCCUCGAUCAAGUUCUGUCGGCAGAACAGGAACGCAGACGAUCAGCAAAUCCGCCGAAGUCCAUCAUGAAAUCAGGCAGCCAAGGCAGCAUUCUCGGGAAUGAAGAUCUGGCUGAGCCAAGAAUGCCCGCCCAGUCAUUCAGCGUCCCGAGCAGGGGUUCCUUUGGCCGCAGAGCCUAUAUGCCACCUGACAACAAGGACAUAGCUCGUCAGCAAGAUGAUGAGCCACGACAAGAGGAAUUGCAAGAGAGAACCAGCUCGGUUCGCAGCAAUUUCUCCCGCGCAUCGUACAACAGACCUGUCUCAGGCAUCAAUCCCCAACCCGACAGUGGCAUCACCCGCCACGGAACUCGUUUUGGAAGAGAGUUGCAGAAACGUAAGCAAGCUGACCAACAGAAGGCGGAGUCGCCCAGCAAGAGGACCAAGAAAAAGUCGGAUGAGGAGGAAUCAGUGCUGCAGAAACAUCACUCAUCUCCUCCAGAGCGCCAAGUGAACCAGGGCAAUGAAUUCCCGGUGGCCCCUAGUGCACCGCGCAAGAGAAGCCGAAAGAAUACGAACCUUCUUCGCGAUUCUAUUUCUCCUGUUCGCAGCCUCCACUUCACGCAGAAUGUACCCUCAAGAGAGAUUGAAACACCCGUGCUGCGGCGCAAUGACAUUGGCGCCAGAGAUGUGACUUUGAGCGGGCUGAAAGCAUUGCUUGCGUCGAAGACGAAGAUGGACUCGCAAGACAGUAGUCAGGAUCCCCAGUCGCUCUACUAUCAGCGCCGCCGCUCCUCGCAACAAAACGAGGAUUCUCAAGACUCCAUCACUCACUCACAGGGAGUGCGAGGCGACCUCGUUGGUCCACCCAUUCGAACACGGCGGUUCACCAUGGGCCCCUGA